AUGACGAGAAUGCUACUGAGCUUCCCGGCGACUGGCGGCGGCGGCGGCGGCGGAGGAGGAGGGGUAGAAUCUGCCAGCUGGUGGAGCGAGAUUAACGAGUCGGUCGAGUGGCAGGACGGGAUAUUCUUCACCCUCUGCGCCGUUUAUGCCCUCGUUUCCUCCGUUGCCCUCUUUCAACUUAUAAGGAUUGAACUAAGAGUGCCUGAGUACGGUUGGACAACUCAGAAGGUUUUUCACCUGAUGAACUUUAUUGUCAAUGGAGUGCGUGCCGUGGUGUUUGGAUUUCACAAGCAAGUAUUUCUUUUGCAUACCAAGGCAUUUACGUUGGUACUUUUGGAUCUUCCUGGACUGCUGUUCUUUUCCACGUAUACACUUCUUGUCCUUUUCUGGGCAGAGAUAUAUCAUCAGGCUAGAAGUUUGCCGACUGAUAAACUGAGAGUCUUCUAUGUUUCUAUCAACGGCAUUAUUUACUUCAUACAGGUCUGUAUCUGGGUUUACCUGGGGAUUAAUGAUAACAGCGUUAUAGAGUUCAUUGGGAAGAUUUUUAUUGCAGUGGUAUCGUUUAUAGCUGCAUUAGGGUUCUUGCUGUAUGGAGGAAGGUUGUUUUUCAUGCUGAGACGGUUUCCCAUUGAAUCUAAAGGAAGAAGAAAAAAACUUCACGAGGUUGGAUCCGUGACAGCUAUAUGCUUCACUUGUUUCCUCAUAAGGUGCUUUGUGGUAAGCUUUCCGAAAUUGCCGUUUUUAACUUUCAGCUUCGAUUUAAGAUUGAAAUCGGUGAUGCUUUCAGCUUUCGAUUCAGAUGCAUCCCUUGAUGUGCUGGACCAUCCAGUUUUGAAUUUAAUCUAUUACACGCUGGUUGAGAUUCUUCCUUCGGCUCUCGUCCUGUACAUUUUGCGCAAGCUGCCUCCUAAGAGAGUAUCAGCCCAGUACCACCCAAUCCAUUANUUUUGUGGGAAGAUUUUCCAUUCCUCAUGGGUCAGUAGAUGA